UUCGGCAACGACACAAUAAGGGGCGUGAAGUUUAUAUCACAUGCUUACAUAGUCCUUAUCUUUUCAAUUUCUGUAUUUUUGUGGUCACCACAGACUUCAGGUUUACGUACACAAGUCAUUUAUUAACUCACACAACACUUAUUUUCUCAUAUCAUAUCAUGACUUCAGCACCAUUAUUGUUCACAGUGCGGAGGAGCCAACCAGAGUUGGUGCCACCAGCUGCACCCACUCCUCGCGAAGUUAAACUAUUGUCUGACAUAGAUGACCAAGAAGGCUUACGUUUCAAUAUUCCUAUGAUGUUUAUCUAUCGUCAUGAACCGUCAAUGAAAGAAAAAGAUCCUGUUAAAGUUCUUAGACAUGCACUCUCACAAGCACUUGUUUAUUACUAUCCAUUUGCAGGAAGGAUUAGGGAGGGUGCUGGACGCAAGUUGAUGGUCGAUUGUACUGGCGAGGGAGUUAUGUUCGUUGAAGCUGAAGCUGAUGUAACCCUUGAUGAAUUCGGUGACGCUUUGCAUCCCCCACUCCCAUGCUUCGAAGAACUUCUAUACGAUGUUCCAGGAUCGGAACUAAUUAUUGACCGUCCCAUUCGACUCAUACAGGUCACACGUCUCAAGUGCGGCAGUUUCAUACUAGUCGUGUAUUUGAACCAUACAAUGAGCGAUGGAGCUGGUUUGAAACUAUUUAUGAAUGCCUGGGCAGAAAUGGCUCGAGGAGCACAUAAACCUUCCAUUCAACCUGUAUGGAAUAGGGAGAUUCUAAUGGCAAGAGACCCACCACACAUUACAUGCAACCAUCAUGAAUACGAACAAAUUUUUUCGUCAAAUACAAUCAAGGAAGAAGAUACCACAACCCUAGUUCAUCAAUCUUUCUUCUUUAGGACUUCAGACAUUGUUGUGCUUCGUCUCUUGGUUCCAUUUCACCUUCGCCAUUGUACCACAUUCGAUCUUAUCACUUCAUGUUUUUGGUGUUGUCGCACAAAAGCAUUGCAGUUAGAGGCAGAUGACGAGAUACGAAUGAUGUGUAUUGUCAAUGCACGUUCGAGGUUUAAUGCUAACAAUUCGCCACUUGUUGGAUACUACGGUAAUUGUUUUGCUUACCCGGCGGCCGUCACCACUGCAGGGAAGCUUUGUGGAAACUCAUUAGGUUAUGCUGUGGAGUUGGUAAGAAAAUUAAAAGCUGAAGUUACAGAGGAAUAUAUGCAUUCUGUAGCAGAUCUUAUGGUUAUUAAAGAGCGGUGUUUAUUUACAACUAUAAGGUCUUGUGUUGUUUCAGAUGUAACUCGUAUAAAGUUAAGAGAAGUGGAUUUUGGAUGGGGUGAGGCCGUGUAUGGUGGAGCUGCAAAAAGUGGGGCUGGGCCUUUUCCUGGAGCAGCCUAUAUCAUCCCACAUAAGAAUGUAGAAGGAGAAGAAGGUUUCAUAUUACUAGUUUGUUUGUCCUUUGAAGCUAUGAAGAGGUUUGCUAAAGAGUUAGAUGAGAUGCUUGAUUUGAAGCAAUGGCCGGGUGGAUCGACGUUCAUGCAGAAUUCAACGGCGGGGAACCUCAGAGGUUGAAGGUUCGGUGCCUUGAUGUAACGUUAAGAGGUCUCAAGGAUCAACUGAAUGAAUUCAACCCCAGAGACGCAAGGAGGGUGGAAUACGUUCGUAUAAACGUCCAGCGCUCGACGAGGGGAGAGUAUCAUUCACUUGGGUGGAGUUAAAGAACGACGAAAACGUGACGAGCAUGUUUUGGGAGCACAACAUGUUCCAGUGGAUCGAUAUGCGGGUAACGUUGCUGAGAUUAACUAAAAAUAUCAUCAACAAUUUGAUUCCGCCAAAAGAUCGUCAUUAAUUAGGGUAAGAUGCAUUCCAACUACAACAAUUAGCUUACCUGUGAAAUGGGGUAAUUCAAACUUGCCAAACGACCCUAAUUCAAGUAUUUCGCCAAACGUUCAUGUUUUUCCUUCAUCCGCCCUUUUUGAGUUUUAAUUCAAAUAUAAAAAAAAACUGCACACUACACACUUGAAUGCUUCUCUUGAAUUAAUCGACCCCUCAAAAUUUCGAAAUAAAAUAGUGAAACCCCAUUAACAACUAAAAUUACAAACUUGCUACAAUAAAAUCAAAAUUUUGAAAUUGAGUGAGAAACCAUAUAAAUCCUCCAAAUUGCAAUUGAAUAAGGUGAAUCUCGUUAUCAAUCAAACACAUGCAAAUAGUUCUAAUACAAAAAAAAUCUAUUUUAUUUUGGCAUACUCCAUUUGAUUUCUUUCGCAUGGAGUGUGAACACCGAUCUCUACAGUGCCACCAUAUUGUGUUCUUUUGCAUCUGAUUCACCCAGAUUUGGGUUGCGUUUUCCCUCUUGGUAUGGCGUCGACAAAGAUCGAUGAGAUCGACAA